AUGAGCCAGAAGGGAAGUGGAAAAACAAAGAAGAAGGCUGAUACGGGGUGUUGGAACCGCAUCGGCGAGGAGAAGGUGAAGAACAAAAGAGCAAGUGCCAUUCAGAAGCAGCUUGACCUGCUGGCUGGAGGAAUCAAAGACAAGUCGUGGAGUCCCAAGAGAAAGACUAUCGAGACGAACGAGUACAAGCAAAAGCACAAGAGCGUCAAGAAAAAGAUCGAAUGGCAGAGUGAAAAGCGCCAGGGGGGGGAGAAACACUCCAUCCUUGUUCCUCAGUGUCACGUCGAGGAUGCCAGUCGUGCCGCACCUCAAAGAGAUGAAAGUAAAGCAGCUGGGCAUGUGCUAGAAGCGGAUCAUGCCGACGAUGUUCGUAAUCGUUGCCCUGAAAGUUCUCACGAUGAAGUCUACGAUGCGUCGGAGGAUAGCUCCAAGACUCUCCCCUUCUCCUCCAGACAUCUUCUUGGCAAUUCCUGGCGUGAAUCAGAGAGUGCGAGGAUAAUGAUGAGAGACGCUCUUGCCUCUCAAUCUCUCUCCGCCGCCACCCACGGCUCUCGAUGGAUGGCAGAAACGGAGUUCAGAGCCUCUCCCUGGAGUGUCUCCCCCCCCUCUGGUCUUCCCUGCGACCCGAGGGUCGUCGCCAUCCUUGCGGAAGGGCAAAGCACGCCACGCCGAAGCGAGCGCGACGAGGAUGCGGAUCCCUACAACGAUGUAGAAAAGUUCUGGGAGCAGAGACAAGCAGCGCUUAAAGCGCUAGACGACCAUGUAAAGGAGGAGGAUGGAAAUGUGAAGCAUCGCAUGAAGCAUGUAGGCAAGACGGCAUGCUGGUUGAGCUACGUUGACUCCCUCAGAGAUGUUCGCGAGCAGCCUGAUGCUUGCAGACCGAUGCUGCUAUCCAAACUUCUCCCAGCGCUGUCAACCACCAAAAAGUUUCCAUGUGAUGCACCCUUGCUCGAUUUCUCUGAGCUUAUCCAAUGUUCCAGAGAUCGUGCAGAAGAUGAGGACGGCGACUGUUUGGCCGGAGACGAAAUGAUCCAGAUACCAGAAGAUACGCAAGACGGAGAGAAUCUAAGAUUGAAAAUUCGCCUGAGUCACGAGAUGAUCGAGGAGCUACAACAAUCGAACUCGGAGCUUGAGAGUGCGUUGCAGCUCGCGCUGAAUGCAGUUCAGUCUGAAGAACUACUGAAACACACCGUGGAACUUCUGCAGCACAAAAUAACAGCGAUGAUGGACGAGAACAACCAAAAAGAUAAGUUGAUCAAGGAUCGUGAACAAAGCUUGCACGAAUUGCGAGAGGCCAGACAAAUUGGGCGCGUACGAGAGGAGCUUGCAGGAUACAAGUCAUCCUCGUCUUGUUGUGAUGAUUUUUGUGAGGAUGGUGGUUUGCAGGUGCGACAAGUUUUGGAGGAGGGCCAAAGACUCGAACAGGAGAUUGAACUGUGCAUGAAAGACGUCAAGGAGGUGCAUCACAAGGAGAUGGUGUUUGGCUUGCAGUUCAUCCUCGAGCACAUCGCCGACAGGAUGCAAACCUUCAUGUCCUGCAUGUCUGUCGACGAACCACCGGCCCUGUCACUGGUCGCGGCAUCGCCCAUGUCGAUGUCGUCGUAUCAAGGAAAGGUCUUCAAGACUUGCGUCAUGGAGGCCUGCCGGUCUCUCCUCAUCCUUGUCCUCUAUGCCCUCCCUCUCAUGCUCGCAACCAGUGUGUUUGAUCGUAACUAUUCUCUCAUCACCGGGAGGCUCCGCGAAAUGCAGCUGGCGGCAUCGAGGGAGUACCAACGGCAGAUCAACUUGAUGAAGCAGAACCAUGCAAAGGAUAGAGCAGAGAAGCUUCGCGACAAGGAAAGGGAGAUGAAAGAGAGAGAGGAGAAGCUCCAAAGUCAAGUCGAACAACUGCAGCAAGAGCUCGUGAUCGCACAGUCGAGGACGAAUGAAGACUUGAGAAGAGCGCAUGCGGUCGCAGAGAAGAAGCGACAGGCAGCGCAAGAGGAGGGUGUCAACCUGGCCAUCCAGGCCGAGCUAGACGUUCAGCGGAGCAGCUACGAGAAGGGGAUGCAGCAGUUGAAGCAAGCGUGGCAGGCAAGGGGAAGGCGUCGAAGACGCUUGCAGUUACAAGUGGACAGGAGGAAAUUGCACGGCUGCAUGACGCUCACCGGCAUCAGCUUGAAGCUAGCCAGCAGGAGAGGAGGAAGGAAGCAACCAACGCUAGCUCCCCUCCCCCCUGUGACGAGAGCACACCUCUCGACCCUCCUCGCCCUCAUCAACCCUCUCCAGCUCCAACUCUCAGCAGAGAACAACUUCUACAAGCUCAACAGAGGAGGGAGAGUUAUGCGAGAGAGCUUGCAGGUCCAUGCAGGAGAUCUCCGAGCCCUCAACCUGGCAGGCAGGCAUGUCAACGCGAGCAUGGAGCUUGAGAGAUAUCUUUCCGGACACACCAGCAGAGAGUAG